UUUAGAUAAAAAUUAUUUCUUUGUUUAGAUAAAAUGUACGCUUAUAUAAAAUUGUUAUCUGGGAAAAAUAAAGACAAAAAAAAAAUUAUUCCCACAUCUUGCAUCAAGAAUUUUAAACCAGAGUCACACAAGAAAAUUUUAAAGUAUCAAGUGGAAGAAACAGUAGGCGAAGAACCGUAUGUAGCAACGAUUUUGUUACUAUCAGAUUCAAAUGAAGAACUUAAAGAAAUAAUUAGAACAAAAAGUGUUCGUGCUUCACCAUCGUAUUUGCUUGUGACAGCUUCGGAUAAAUCUGACAACGAGGGAAAAAAACAGUUAAAGCGUUCAAAAACUUUUCAAAUGAAUCGUCAGUUAAAAGAACAAGAGGAACUAGUCUGUAAUAAAUUAUCAAAGUUUAAGAGUGAUUUAUUGCCAAUAAACGUUACAUUAAAAGAUAAGGAAAAUUUAGAUUUGUCAAACAUUACUGAUACACCGCCAUCACCCAAAAAAUAUAGAGUAACAGAAGAUUUAGCACAAACAAAAAAUAAAUUCAUGCAAGAUGACAAUCUAGUCAAAGCACUAACCAAAGAAACAAACACGAGAAACGAAAAGGAGAAGUGUGGUAAUGAGUCCCCAAAAAAACAGUUAAAGCAUUCAAAAACUUUUCAGAUGAAUUGUCAAUUAAAAGAACAAGAGGAACUAGUCUGUAAUAAAUUAUCAAACUUUAAGAGUGAUUUAUUGCCAAUGAACGCAGUUACAUUAAAAGAUAAGGUAAAUGAGUGAAUUCAUAUAGUAUUGUAUAACUAUAAUAAAUAGAAAACAAAAAAAGAGAUAACUUAGUAAUUAUAGCCGAGGAAUAAGUAAAUGAAUAGUCAACAAACUAUUUGUGUUGUGAAUCACAGUCUUACAACAUUUCGACCAUAGAAUUUGAUCCUUCUAAAGUGAAUUAAUCCAUUAUCAAGAUAAAUUAUUCGCAGGAUAACGACUGUUUACAAACUCGUGCCAACAAAUUCAUAAAAGUUGUGUCUCAUACUGUCAAUAACGAACAAGUGUAUAAAUGAUUACAUUACAAAGCAGUCAAGUCAGUAAAUAUUUUGAAAAGAUGUUACAGACGUGAUUUAAAAGUGUUAAGCAUGGAUAAAGGCGGCAGAAAGAUUUUUUAUGCAUUAAUUUGUUUGUUAUUGACAAUGAGACGCAACAACCUUUAUGAAUUCGUUGGCACGAGUUUAUGAACAGUUGUUGUCCUGCGAAUAAUUUAUCUUUCUAAUGGAUUAAUUCACUUGAGAAAGACCAAAUCCUAUGUUCAAAAUGUUAUGAGACUGUGAUUUACAAUAAAAUAGUGUCAGUUUGUCGAUCAAUCUACUCAUUCCUUGGCUAUAAUAGAAAAGUUAAGCUUCUAUACAAAAUUUAAGUUUUAAAUAUUUUAUAGGAAAAUUAGAUUUGUCAAACAUUACUGAUACACCGCCAUCACCCAAAAAAUAUAGAGUAACAGAAGAUUUAGCACAAACAAAAAAUAAAUUCAUGCAAGAUGACAAUCUAGUCAAAGCACUAACCGAAGAAACAAACACGAGAAACGAAAAGGAGAAGUGUGAUAAUGAGUCCCAAAAGCUGAGCAGAUCUAAAGUUAUUCCAAAGAUAACAUGUAUUAGUAAGGUUCAUUCGCUCACAGAAUGUAAAGAAGCUUUCGAAAAAUUAAUAAAAGAAAAUUCUAAGUUACGAACAGAAGGGGAUGAAUUAAUAAAUGAAAAACAAAAAUUAAAGAGCUCCAGAAAGGAACUAAAAAAGCAAAUAGAAGAAAAAGAAUUGGAAAUAAAAAAAACUUCGUGAAUUAAAUGACGGUUUGCAAAUUAGUUUCAUUCAAAAAACUAAGGAGUCUACUAAGGAGUAUGAAUCUAAGUUAGAGCAACUUUCAAACUCAAGAGAACGGUUAGAUUACUCUCAGAAUUAUCCAGCAAUUGGAAUUUUGCGUACUUCAGACGAUUUCCGAAGGGUACACAUUGGUAGAAACCAGUGGGUCACUGAAAAACAGUACAGUAAUUUACUAAAUAAUUCAAAAACACCCAGUCAAUGUGCUAGUAAUAUAUUAACGCUAGUUUUCAGUAUUGAAGAAUUAA